AAUUACAACGGCACAUUUUUAUUCGCUAACUGCGAAUAUUUCAAAACAUAUGUCGGGUAUCUGCGUAUGGACGUGUACUGAAAACGGAUGGGAAACAAUUGGCGAAUGUCAAGAAUACAGUCGGCCGCUUGGUAUUCAGGAAAUACGACUUGUAAACGGAAGUAAACCUUCUAACGGCAGAGUAGAGAUCAAAGUGUUUGACACAUGGGGCACAAUUUGCAGUGACAACUUUGGAACGGAGGAAGCCAACGUUAUAUGCAAAAUGAUAGGCUACCCGUAGGAAUUAUUCUUUUAAAAUAUAUUGUCGUUGAAUUUUUGUUUGGUGGAAGAAAAUAAUUGAUCCACUGUAUUGAAUAGCAGUAAUUGUUAACGUACUUGCUUACAUUAUAAAGGUAAAUAUAGUUAAAAAGCAUUUCACGUUUUUCAAUGUUAUUGGUUGCAAACACUCAUUACAUUAUUUUUGUCUGUCAAGUCCUUCUAAAGCGUUUCAUAUAUCGUUGUUCGAGGGAUCUGGGCCGAUUUUUAUAGACAACAUCGAAUGUGGAACCAACAGCUCCCAUAUCAACGAGUGUCAGUACGUCACUUAUGACGAUUGCGACCACAGCAAGGACGUUUUCGUUUCAUGCACAGAUUGUGGUGAUCCAAAGCCAAUUAACGGUAGUGUAAACGACACUUCGUCAAGUGUUGGGUCUGUGGUAAGCGUGACGUGUGAUCAUGGUCGAAUUCUAGUCGGUGACUCGAUCAUUGUUUGUCAAGAAAACGGAUAUUGGACAAGCACUCCAUCGUGUCAUUUGAUAGAUUGUGGAGAUCCGUCGCCAGUUAAUGGCUUUGCUAACGGGACCUCGUAUAUUAUGGAUGACGCUGUCUCUGUAUCGUGUGAUACCGGUUAUUUUUUAUCAGGCGACUCCGUCAUAAGAUGCCAGAAUAACAGUUAUUGGACUGACUAUCCAACGUGUAAAAUCGCUGACUGUGAACAACUUACAAUCGCAAAUAUGAUCGUCGACAUAGGUAACACAACUAUCUACGGACAGAUAGCGGUUGUCAGAUGUAAACCAGAUUUCACUCCACGCGGGUCGUGGGCGGUGAAAUGUGAAGCUACUGGCGUUUGGAAUUACACGCAUGUUCCUGAGUGUGAACUAAUUGAUUGUGGUGCCUCUGCACCACCCCAUGGAAUCGUCAACGACACCGAAUCGACAGUUGGAACUGUAGUAAGCGUGUCCUGUGAGUACGGUCGAAAACUGGUUGGUGAUUCGGUACUUGUUUGUGCAGAGACUGGUAAAUGGUCCGGUUCUUCUUUAUGCCCGUUGAUAGAGUGUGAUGACCCAACACCUGAAAACGGAAUGACAAACGGCACGACACACUUAAUCGACAGUGUCCUCUCGGUAUCGUGUAUGAAAGGUUUCACGUUAUCUGGUAAUUCCGUCAUACGGUGUCUGCCUGAUAGCACUUGGUCUGACUAUCCGAAUUGCACGAUUGUGGAUUGUAGCGUUCCCGACGCUGUCAAUAUGACAAUCGACAUUGAUAAUGCAACUACUUACGGACAGAUAGCAGUUGUAAGCUGCAAACCAGAAUUCUCUCCACGAGGUUCCUGGUCUGUGAAAUGUGAAGCCAGCGGAACUUGGAAUUACACCCUCGUUCCACGAUGUGAACUCAUUGAGUGUGGGGACCCAACGCCUUCAAAGGGCUUGGUGAAUUCAUCAGAAACAACUGUUAAGGCGGUGGUGAAUGUUUCGUGUGAACACGGCUACACGCUAUCUGGUGAUUCAGUCAUUGUAUGUGAGGAAACUGGCAUUUGGUCAGGGAAUCCGAUAUGCGACCCAUCGGGCAAGUGA